GUUGGAUGUGAAUGAACGGGAGGAGAGAUGCUGCUGCUGCCGCCGCGCCGCUCCUAACGCUCACACCUCCAGCUCUACGGACCACAGCGGGUAGAUGCCAACUCUCCAGGCCGACGCAGAGACGGUGGAGCCUGGGGGAAGGUGUCGGGCGGUGCCGGCGGUGCUGGAACUGGUCACCUAGCCGGAACGAGAGAGGGAGAGAGAGAGCGAGAGAGCGAGCGAGAAAGAGAUAAGUAACGGUGGAAAAGGAAAGACGCACUUAGAGAGACGGGAAGAGAGAAAAGGCAGAGGUGAGGGAGAAAGGAGGGGACAGACGGAGAAAGGAAGAGACUAAAUGGCUGCACUGCUGUCGGGCUUCACCCCGCUCCUGCUCUCGUCUCUGGCUCUCCACUUGCUUCUCCUCGGCCCUUUGUUUGCCCUCACCCCGGGGACGGAGAUCACAGGAGGGGAUUCCACCCAAUGGACCCCGGGCCUCUGUCAUCGAGACGCCGGUAAAGUGAGCCAGGAGCAACAGCGGCAGCGGAGCGAGGAAGCAGGAGAGUCACAGACUGGCAGCUGGUGUCUACGCCCAGGCAGGUGGAGCGUAGAGCGGAUACACACUGAUGGAAGCUCUGGAGUGCAGCGAGCUGGAGGUUUUAAACGGGACGGGACAAGGAGGGAGAGACUGAAACAAGCCGGGACGGUUUGGAGGAAGUGGAGUGGCGAUGGUCCAGUAUUUCCACCCUCUCCUCCCCCUCUCCACCCAGGUAUUCGGAGCAGGAGCUCAGAUGGCGUCAGCUCUGGGGAGGGAACGGAGAGAGGGAGGAUGGAGAGGAGGAAGGGCGUUGUUUCCUCUCCCGGUUCACCUGCUUUCACUUCGUUGCCGGUUCAAAGCGGCAAGAAACGGUCAGUACAAAGGACUAGAGAGUGCGAGCAACGCUGGCCGGCGUCAAGGCCACACCUCACUAAACGUGGCGGCGCCGGAGCCUUUGUGCACGCCUCUGGUCUGCGUGGGGCACCCGGAAGUCGAGGGAAGACGCCGGUAGAGGAGUUGCAGAGGGCUUAUGAGGUGAAGAAGCCUUUGGGGCUCACGGUGCUCUCCGACAUCUGAGCAUCUCUGCUGGUUUUCACUCUCU